CCGCCGCCGCCGCUCCUCCGCCCCCGCCUCUACUCCUCCGCCGCCCCUCGCCGCCGCUCCACCGCCGCCAAAUCCGUCGACAAGAAGCCGCCCGCGAGGCCGGGGAGGGCGGAGGCGGUCCCGCCGCUGCCCGCGGUCGCCGCGGGGGGAGGAGCCAUGUCGUCCUCGGGAGGCGCCGGGGGGAAGCGCUCCGUGGCGGAUGUGCUCAUGGGGAACGCGCGGGACGCCGCCAGGAAGGCCAAGAAGGGGCCCGGGGCGCCGUCCCCCAAGAAGACCAAGACCGCCGCCCAGGCCGACGACGCGACGGCCGAGCCGCCUUCGCCGGCCAAGUCGCCUGCCAAUGCCAACGACGCGCCUGGGGCGAAGAAGAGGUCCCCGUCGCCCACGAGGUCCAAGAAGCCAGCCGCGGCCCCGAAAUCUGAGGCGGAGGAGAAGCCCCCUUCGCCAAAGAGGUCCAAAGCCCUAGCGGCCAAAUCUGACGCCAAGCCCUCUGACGAAGCCCCUAUCUCUCAAUCGCCGUCGCCAACCAAGGCGUCUCAAUCCGAGGAUAAGAAGAGGCCCUCCUCACCACCAAAGAAGGCCAAGACCUCAACUGCCACCACCAAGCCCGAGGAAGCGAACACCACCCUCGAGCUCAAGAAGAAAGGCGGCGAGUUCGAUCCCACGGCCGCCGCCUACUGGAAGCCCGGCGAGCCUGUGCCGUUCCUGUUCUUGGCCCGGGCGCUCGAUCUCAUCUCCAACGAGUCGGGCCGGAUUCUCAUCACAGAGAUCCUGUCAAAUGUGUUCCGGACGAUUAUUGCCACGACGCCUGAGGAUCUCCUCGCGACGGUGUACCUCUCGGUUAGCCGGAUUGCGCCGCCUCAUGAAGGGAUCGAGCUUGGGAUCGGGGAUACGUCGAUCAUCCGUGCGCUUUCUGAGGCAUAUGGCCGCAAGGAGGAGCAUGUCAAGAAGAACCUCAAGGAAUUGGGUGAUUUGGGGCUUGUGGCCAAAGCAAGCAGGUCGUCACAGAAGAUGAUGUACAAGCCAAAACCACUGACAAUACCACGCGUGCUUGAUACAUUUCGGACAAUCGCAAAGGAAUCUGGUAAAGAUAGUCAAGAUAAGAAAAGAAAUCAUAUCAAAGGACUCCUUGUUGCUGCAACGGACUGUGAACCUCAAUACAUUAUACGCCUUCUUCAGUCAAAGAUGCGCAUUGGGUUGGCAGAAAAAACUGUCCAAAUGGCUCUCGCGCAAGCUGCUGUAUAUUCUGAAAAAGGGUCUCCACCGAAAGAAGUCCAAUCACCUUUUGAAGAGGCUGCAAAAAUAAUUAAACACGCAUAUUCAGUCCUUCCAAUCUAUGAUAAAAUUGUCCCAACUCUUCUUGAAGCUGGUGUCUGGAAACUUCCGGAAACAUGCAAUUUCUCCAUAGGUGUCCCUGUUGGCCCUAUGUUGGCAAAAGCAACGAAAUCGGUCUCAGAGAUUAUUGACAAGUUUCAAGGUCGUGACUACACUUGUGAGUACAAGUAUGAUGGUGAACGUGCCCAGAUCCAUUGCAUGGAGGAUGGAACAGUGGAGAUUUAUAGUCGGAAUGCUGAACGGAACACUGGGAAGUACCCUGAUGUUGUUGAUGCCGUUUCCAGAUUCCGAAAGCCUACAGUGAAGUCAUUUGUCUUAGACUGUGAAAUUGUUGCUUAUGACCGUGAAAAGAAGAGAAUUUUACCUUUUCAGAUACUUAGCACAAGGGCCCGCAAGGGUGUUACUAUAAAUGACAUCAAAGUUACAGUCUGUACUUUUGGCUUUGAUAUUCUUUACAUCAACGGGAAACCUCUUCUCCAUGAACAACUCAAAGUUCGCCGAGAGCACCUUUACAACUCUUUCGAGGAAGUACCAGGAGUUUUUCAACUGGCCACUGCUAUUACAUCAAAUGACCUCGAGGAGAUACAAAAAUUUCUUGACUUAUCUGUGAACUCCAGUUGUGAAGGGUUGAUUAUCAAGACACUGGAUACAGAUGCUACAUAUGAACCAGCGAAGCGGUCAAACAAUUGGUUGAAAUUGAAGAAAGACUACAUGGAUAGCGUUGGAGACUCUUUAGAUUUGGUUCCAAUUGCUGCCUUUCAUGGAAGAGGAAAACGAACAGGUGUAUAUGGAUCAUUCCUCCUGGCAUGCUAUGACGAUCAGAAUGAAGAAUACCAAACAAUCUGCAAUAUAGGUACUGGGUUUUCUGAGCAACAACUGGAACAAUGUUCUACGAGCCUCCGGAGUAAAGUAAUAAAUAACCCCAAGGCAUACUAUAGGUUUGCUGACACAACUAACCCAGAUGUGUGGUUUGAGCCAUCAGAGGUGUGGGAGGUCAAAGCUGCUGAUUUGAGCAUAAGUCCUGUUCAUCGUGCUGCUAAUGGUAUAGUUGACCCAAAUAAGGGCAUCUCUCUAAGGUUUCCUCGUUUGUUGCGGGUGCGUGAGGAUAAAAACCCAGAACAUGCAACCACGUCUGAGCAAGUUGCGGAUAUGUAUCGUGCUCAAAAAAUAAACCACUCACACAACCAAGACGACGAGGAUGAUGACUGAGACUGACCCCAUUUUCUGUGCGUUAUAUGCACCAACUUAUUGUGCAGGACAUAGGCAAGAAUGUAUGUCCAGUGAUUUGCUUCGCUGUUGUUCAAACUGACUUCAGCAUUUGUUCACUUAUUGUAACGCUAUGCAACUUUUUCUUCCUUUGUUUUCUGGUUCUCGUGAUGUAUCUGUAAUACACGCCUAUCCAGGCGGUGUUUGCAUGUGAAAAAAGUUGAUGAGUUUCAGAGUGCAUUGGCACAACCAAAAGA